GUCGUACUUCUAACGUGCGGAGAAGUUUGUGAAGAAAAUCCUGUCCACAGUUUUCAGGAAUAGGAAGAAAAGGAUGACCUACUUGAAACACUUUUUCACUUUGUUCACGGUGCGAUGUUUUGUUCAGGGUGAAAUGGAGGCAAUUCGACCUGGAAAAAUGUCUGGCGUCUUUUGCACUUUUAAAGAGAAGACUUACAGGCCAGGAGAUAGCUGGCAUCCCUAUUUGGAGCCCUUUGGAUUCGUGUUCUGCAUGCGUUGUACUUGCACUGAAUCUGGUCAUGUGAAAUGCAACCCCAUCAAAUGCCCUGUUCUGCGAUGUGAAAAUCCAGUGACUCACUCACAGCAGUGCUGCCCUCGUUGUACAGAUGAGCACAGAACUCCUGCUGGUCUGCGGGCACCCAUUAAAACCUGUUGGCAUAAUGGAAGCAUAUACCAAACAGGGGAAACAUUUGCCAACCAUGAACUCUUACCAUUACGUCAGUCCAACCAAUGUGUCAUGUGCACUUGCUCUAAUGGAAAUAUAUUCUGUGCAUUGAAAACAUGUCAGCCCAUUACAUGUUCCUCACCAGUUUCAGUUCCAGACGCAUGCUGCUUGGUGUGCAAAGAGGGCACAACUGACAUAAAUUCUGCAUCAUUUGGGGAUGGAGGACAUCAACUGAACAGAGGAGCUAGGCAUUCUGUGGAUCACUGUGCUGGGGAACAGGUCAGGGGUUGCUCAGUUAGGGCCACACCAUCAACACUGCGGAGCUCUCCGAGAGGCCUCAACCUACAGACGCUACACCUUAAAGAAGCAGCAGAGACUACUGUUAAGAUUCUUCUACAGCGCAAACAUCAGAGAGCUUGCGUGUACAGCGGCAAGACCUAUUCCCAUGGUGACGUGUGGCACCCGGUGCUGGGGAAGGUUUUGGAGUGCAUUCUGUGCACCUGCAGGGACGGUUUUCAAGAAUGCAGGCGCAUCACAUGUCCCAGCCAGUAUCCAUGCCAACAUCCCAUAAAGACAGACGGGAAGUGCUGCAAGAUUUGUCCAGAGCUCAAAGCAGAGAGCAAUAGGACAGAGUGCUACCUUGGCCAGGACAAUAGCAGUCUCCUGGUAUAUAAAGUUGAAUCCUCAUCUGCCACUCAGUCAGAGGACAAAGUGCGGAUGAUUGCCAUCGAGAGACAGGGAGCCACAGAGGUUGAGGUGCAAGUCUGGAAAACAAUUGAAGGUGUUUUGCAUCUAAUGGAAUCAGGUGAUGUUCAAAAGAAAGACCUCAUAGAACAUCCUGAAAAUUACAUCUUACUGACCACAUUAGAUGAGGACACUUGGAGGAAGUUUAAAGAAGAGGAGGACAAGCAGAAGGACUUGAGUAAGAUUAGGAUCUGUGAAGAUGGAAUAAAGGAAGUAGUGAAGUACUUAAACCCUGAACAGCUAGACAGUCUUUGCAGGUCUUAGUCUCCUCCCUGCUCUCUAACACUGUGCCAUCCCAGUCUCUGACACCCAUUUUUUUACCUGAAGAACACACUCACCCCCACACACUCACACAAUAUGCAUGUAGUACAAAACCAGAUGCUGGCAGCAGGUAGUCUAAAGAUCUCAUUUAUUACUAUGAGUCAGUUCAGCACAAGUCUUUGAGUUUGACAUCUCAGAAUUCUUUGUAAGACCUUGCUUUCUUCAGAGGCCUUGAAUCGGGCUGAGGUCAGUCAUUGCUGAAAAAUGCGCCUAUGUAAGGGAAAGUGAGUGUAAACAUUCAAAUGUCUCAGUAGGCUACUAAGUGGGCCAAAAUUGUAGGCGUUCUCCAGGAAGAAAGGGUGUAAAGCAAUCCUCAUCAUUAAAGGGAUAGUUUCCAAAAAACUGAAAAUCUUCAUCACUUUUCACUUUUAUUAUAUUGAAAAAGAAGCAAUGAAAGUAAAUUGUGACUGGAGCUCUCAGUCCCUAACAUUCUGCCUUUUGUGUUUCAUGGAAGAAAGAAAGUCAUUCAGGUUUUGAACAGCAUGAGGGUGAGUAAAUGAUGACAGAAUGUUCAGUUAAAGGAAUGCUGUAUGUUGUUCUAGCAAGCUUCCACUGCAUGUACAUAAAAGGAGAAGCAUAGGAUGAAAACAGCUUAAUGGCCAGAAUGCUUUUAUAAAGUUGACAUAGGCCACCUUUUUUCCACUGUACUUAGUUACACAUCAGUCAUAUAUGUAUCAUGAAUAAACUAAAAAUACACUAUUUAUUGUACAUUUAAAGCAGCAAACAUACUUUUCUUUGAAUAUAGCUUUAAUAGAAUGUUUGUCUGCAGAAAAUGUUUUGCAUUGGCAUGCAUGUAGCAUGUAUGUAAGUUGAUCUGGUCAUGUAUAAUUCCUAUGCACUUAAAAUGAUAAAAAAAUAUAUUGGGCUAAUGUCCUGGUGUGACACUAACCAAUAUGACAUUGCAGUUUUUACAAUUUAAUGUGACAGCACAAGUUACAAUUCUAUUGCUGGUUUUCUCAAAAGUUAUAAUGACAAUCCUGGCCACUCUUAACUUAAAUUUCAGUCUGUUCCUCACACAAUCAGUAUCAUGUAGUAUGAAAACUAGUAUAAAAAGUCAUAUGGACUACAUUUAUGGUACUUUUUUGUAAUUUCAAAGCUUGAGAGUCUAAGUUAGGGAAGGGAAUUUUAAGGAAUUUAUCGAUUCCAGUUCCUUAACUGUUCCAAUUAAUGAUUUUUUUGAGGACUUUUGAGGAAGAUUUUUUUGGAAAUAGUAAAUGCAAUUCUUAUUGAAUUUACUUCUCGAAAUAACUACAUUUUUUAGAAGACUUUUUAAGUUUCAGUGAUUUGCAUUCACUAAAAUGAAUCGGCAGUUAAGAGUCAUUCGUUUGGGAGGUAGCAUUGUUUUGCAGUGUAGAUUCAAAAGAACUGACUCAUAAAGGUCCCGGUGUACUCACGGCAAAGUGGUUCUUCCCUCAGAGCCAAAAAGAAGUUUGAAACAGCUGAGCAACAGCACACUGUUUGUGAACAUUCAGACACUGGCGACACUGUUUAGAGGGGCAUUUUUACACUACAUGUAAAACCUUAAUUAAUGUGACAAUAAAAUGUG